AUGGCUGUUAUUCGCGAGGAAUCCCGAAGCUUGGAUCCACCUAGCGGAGGACAACAAAGACGAGUAUCUUUUGCUGUUGCCCUUAUGCACGAUCCAGAGCUCCUUAUUCUCGAUGAGCCCACUGUUGGUGUGGAUCCCCUCCUCAGACAGAGUAUCUGGAAUCAUUUGGUACAAAUCACGAAGGAUGGAAACAAAACCGUCAUCAUUACGACUCAUUAUAUCGAGGAAGCGAGACAAGCGCACACGAUUGGACUAAUGAGAAGUGGGAGAUUACUUGCCGAGGAGUCACCCAGGGCACUUCUGACGAUGUAUAAUUGCCCAUCUCUUGAGGAAGUAUUCUUGAAAUUGUCAAGGAAACAGACCAAUAAUCAAUCUAAUACUGAGUUUAAUAUUUCGAAUAAUAUUAGUUUGGCAUCAUUGAACUGGGGAAAGAAGGACGAACCUGUCUACGUAACCGAAGAGUCUGGCGUGGUGGGUCUCAACUUCCAUCAGAGCAAAGAGGUCCUCAUCCAUGACACAACAAAUGGUGUUGGCAGUCAUUACGACUUGAACGGUAAGCCGCUCCCAGGAGUCAGAGAGGCCUCGACAGUCGAGUGUGAUGACUGCGACUUUCCUGGAUGUCUCGCAGAUAUCACAAGCACAGGCAAAAUAAAGGCACUCCUUCAAAAGAAUUUCCUCAGGAUGUGGAGGAACGUUGGAGUGAUGUUAUUCAUAUUCGCCUUACCAGUGAUGCAAGUCAUCCUCUUCUGUCUGGCUAUCGGAAGAGAUCCAACUGGCUUAAAACUUGCAAUAGUUAACCACGAGAUGAAUUGGGAUACAAAGUACUGUCCGGUGUACUCAAAUUGUAGUUUCUCCCAUCUUAGCUGUCGAUAUCUCAACUUUUUGGACAAUACAACAAUGAUAACAGAGCAUUUCCGGACAAAAGACGAAGCUCUGAUGGCGGUGGAAAGGGGAAAGGCAUGGGGAACUCUGUACUUCACUGAGAAUUUCACAGAUGCUCUGUCCGCUAGAAUGAUCUUAGGAAGAGAUGCUGAUGAAGAGACGUUAGAACAGAGUGAGAUCAAAGUUUGGCUCGAUAUGUCCAAUCAGCAGAUCGGCCUGAUGCUGGCUAGGGAUCUGCAGUACAGCUACAGAGAUUUUGCCAAGCAUCUUUUAGGUGCCUGUGAACAAAAUACUGCACUUGCUGAUGUGCCAAUACAGUUUUUGGAGCCUAUCUACGGCUCCAAUGAUCCUAGCUUCACGGACUUCGUUGCUCCUGGCGUUAUUUUAACAAUCGUCUUCUUCCUAGCCGUUGCUCUCACCUCCUCUGCCCUGAUCAUCGAACGAAUGGAGGGUUUACUGGACAGGAGCUGGGUGGCAGGUGUUUCGCCAGGAGAAAUUCUUUUCUCCCACGUAAUCACGCAGUUCAUCGUCAUGUGCGGUCAGACAGCUUUGGUGCUUAUCUUUAUGAUUCUAGUGUUUGGAGUACAGUGUAAUGGUGACAUCGGUUGGGUUAUUCUGCUCACGAUUCUCCAGGGUCUUUGCGGCAUGUGCUUCGGUUUCGUGAUAUCUGCUAUUUGCGAACUCGAGAGGAAUGCCAUUCAGCUCGCUUUGGGCAGCUUCUAUCCUACACUUUUGCUCAGUGGUGUCAUCUGGCCAGUGGAAGGUAUGCCCACAGUCCUCCGCUACAUUUCCCAAGGUCUUCCCCUAACAAUGGCAACAACUUCCCUCCGAUCGAUGCUCACUCGGGGUUGGACGAUCAACGAACCCGAUGUUUACAACGGUUUCAUCUCCACCAUUAUCUGGAUCGCUGUGUUUCUAACGAUAAGCAUGCUGGUUCUGAAAUUCAAACGAGGAUAAGGGCAAAGCCCAAAUUCCACUGGACCUCAAUUGUCCAUGUACAGAAUUUAUUUUUAUUAUACAAAAAAAACAAAAUGGAAAACAAAAAUAGGGGCAAAUCGGAUACUCAAAUUGAGGAGUGCAAAUCCUCAAUGAAACAUUCCUCAGGCGGAAUCUGGGCACUUCGUAAUUUUAUAUAAUGACAGUUGGUGCUUCAAGUUGAAGAGUCAAGGAUGAAUUUUGAACGUCUCUUGAGGUCGCUAGUUAAUUUUAAGCUCAGGAUUCAUUACCAAAAUAAUAUGAUAUACCUUGUUAAAAGUUAAUUAUGUAGGAAUCGUUAAUGAGAAACACUGUUAAUUAUCAUGAUUAUCAUUUGGUAAAUUGAAUUAAUUGAGCUUAUAAUACCUCAAAACUGUACAGAAGACCCUGAGAUUUCGUAAUGAAUUUUUAAUGUCAUUUGACGUUCAUUGUAGUAAUUGCUCAGAUGAAAUUUUCUAUUCGGAAAUGAUUUUUAUGAGGUUUUUGAUUGAUCAUCAUCAUCAAGUAGCUUUUUUGUUACAUAUAUGUCAUUUAUUAUUUUGGAAACUAGUGAACAUAAAUUAAAGUUCCUUUUUUAUUCAUUGCGACAUUUUUGAAUUAUUCAAAGCGAUGUUUCUUCGAAUAUCCCGUGUAAUAUUCAAAUUAUCGGUAUUUAAUAUUAUAUAGAUUGUUUCUCGAGGAAUUUGAUAUUGCACGAGAUAAAUUAGGUGUUUAAUUCAAUUGUAAAAUGGUAAAAACGAUUAAGUCAAACCUUAGAUCACAGUGUAAAGUUGGAAGUGGAGGAUAAAACCUAUUUCAUGAAAUAGAACAAUUUCCACUAGAAAACACAUUGCAAAAUGACAUUUUUCGCUCUACAAUUUAUGUAAAUUUUCACAGAAAAUCAAAAUUCUAAAUUUAUUCUGUCAAUAUUUGGAUAAUCAUAGAAAGAAAAAAGAUCAUUUUGCAGAAUCUCAAUUCCACCCUUUCUCGCUAAGAAAUCUGCAAUCUUUGUUAAUUAUCCAGUUAUUUCAAGAAUGACUGGCUUCAGAACAAAAUUUUCGAAAAGUUUUUUCUAAGACGAGGAACAUCUAUUUAUUGGAAAAGUCUAUCGAUAAUUUUUCUUACAGUUCCUUGUCAACGAGGCACUCCCAUAAUUAUGCAAAUAUGUUGCAUGCAAUUGAAUUGUUUUAUUAAUUUACUAAUGGAUAAGUUUUGAGUGGAAAGUUAAUUGCUCAGGACAAUUGGUCUGUGACUCAGUUGAUCCUUCGUUAUUAUUUUUCAUGAUUUUUCAGUACUCGUGGUGUAACUCUUCACAAAAGAUAUGAAAGAGAACUGUAAUUAGUAUUUUUUUAUAAUUAUAAGAUAGAAAUUAGGUGGUAGCUUAGGACACUUCUACUUGCCCAUGACUUAAAUGUACGUUUAUUUAAAUUGUAGUGAUGAUUGAAGAUUAUAUGGAAACACAUUUUGAAAGGAUUGAAUUGAAAAUGUUAAGAUAUAUUUGAAAAAGCACCGUUGUGAUUCUUGUAUAAAAUUCUGUUUAAAAUAUAUUGGGUGCAAAGAUGAGAGAGAUGGAUUGUUCAUGGACAGGUUACACGGUAUUGCUCUUCGGAUUCAAGCCAGGGAAUAUUUUCUUCAACUUUGGCCUUCCAGUAGUCUGAAAAAAUAAAUAAAAGAUAGCUGUAGCUUCAACGAAUCGUCUCCUGUAUGAAAGAAAAUGAAAAAAACAUGAAGAACAGAAACCAUUUUGAAGAUUAAAAUGUUUUAGAGAAAAUUAUUAAGUAAUUGAAUCGGACAAAAACAAUAAUUUGAAUGUGAAAUUUUCUCGAGUUCCUGAGAAUACUACUAUAUUAGUACUUGAAUAUCACUAAUUGUACCAUCUAUGAAUGAGCGAAUUCGCUUAUUCUGUAUAUAUAAAAAAUUUCCUUCCGAUUGUUAAA